AUCUUAUUCCGCUACCUCUUACAUUGGUGGAGUAGCUUAAAUAGCGUUUAUUGUCUUAAAAACAACCUUGAUAAUAAUCAAAUAAAAUCAGCUUACUGUUAAUUCUUGUCGAUCAUGUCUUAUUCUAAUGGAGGGGAUCAACCUCAUAAUCCAUGGAGCCUCGAUUAUAAUCAGAUCGUAGCUACCGAAAGAAGUAACGACGCCGAGAUUCAACACAUUCAGUAUCAAGCACAACAAUUAAAGAUGCAAUUUGAUCAUGAAAUGGAUGCAUUACGUUUAUCCAGUGUCGAACAAUUACGUCAGUCUAACAUGAACCAUCAGACACAAAUUGACAGUAUGCGAAAGGAAGUGGAAGAAAGAGAAAGUCGACUGGAAACCAUCCAUCUCCAACAAUUUGAAAAUCUUAAAAUAUUUUAUGAUAGGCAACUUGCUCAACAAAAAGAGUUUUAUGAGCAACUGACCACAAAAAUUGAUGAAAGAACCGAAAAAUUGGAAGAUAGAGUUUCGAAAUUGCAACAUUCAUUGGAAAUAGCUCACCAACAGCAAAAUCGAAAUGAGGCAACCAUCGUACUUUUGGAGACUCAACUUAAAGAAAUGACUACUCGUAGUGAAGAUCUGUAUGAACGUGCAGAAGGUCUGAAUCGGGAAGUUGAUAACCUUCAGCUCACUUGUGAUACAUUGAGAGCUGAAAAUCGAAAGCUUAAUGAACAAAUCAAGCUUGGAUUUCCUAUUACUGAAGACGCAAUUGUAACCAGAACGGAUAUUGAAAGGGCUACACAAGCAUCAACACCAUUCUCGAAGGAAAAAAUUGUAGGGGAAUAUCACCGAGGUAACGAAUCUUCACACCUGGAACAACAUUCUAUCAGUACGCAUGGUUCACGCAUGGAGGAGGAUGUUAAAUCAGAGAGAUUCGAAUCUGUCAACAACAGUUGGGAUAACCAAUCCGUAGGUUCAGCUACACCAUCGGUGGUAUCACAAGCAAGACAUCUGGCAACAAUGGCAUCAGCCAAUCGUGUCAACACAGGUCGGGCAUCAGUGGUUAGAAACACGCAAUCGCGUAACAAACACCCGACACCAGCUUUUUACGGCACGAAUAAGCCUACUUCACAAGAAUGGCUAUCACAAUUUCGUAAAGUAAUUUUAUAUCAUCAAUAUAACAAUGAGGAAUGCUUAGCUGAGUUUAUGAUGGCUAUGCAGGGUCACGCAAACUCGUGGUGGGAAGCACAACCGGACACAGUCACCAAAAACUUUGAAGCGUUGAUAAUCGCAUUUGAAAAGUUUUAUGGUGGAUCUAAGGCUUCGAUGGCUCGAUCCAUUGCUACCCUCAAAACCUUAGCACAGAACAAGGAAUCCAUGGCUACUUUUGGCCCACGUAUCAUGAAUUUGAUUUCGACUGUCGCACAGGGCAAUGAAGAAUUGAAACUUAGUUUCUUUUACUCCGCGGUAGAUUCCAAGGUCGCUGAUACGGUAAUGUCCACUAGACCAUCUUCUUUGGUGGAGGCCGUGAAUGUAGCUAUUGAAUUGGAACAAGGCCUUUUGUACAAGAAUGGAUCAUCAGCUCAUAGAACAGCUCCAACUACUAAGGUCGACUGGGCUCCAAUGACUUCAGAAAACGGGGUAGAUAUGAUGGAUGUCGACGUAAAUGCGCAAUAUCGUCAUCGCUCGUCCAAUCACAAGGACAAGAACUCUUCAGGUUUGAAAUGUCAUGUGUGCGAUAAAUCUAAUCACGUAAUGAAAGAUUGUUUCGUACUUCGGGAUGCCAAGGCUAUGGCUAAGGAGAAGCAAGAUAAUAAGAAGGACAAGAGUCACCAUUCCAAGAAAAAAUCGAAAGAGCCUACUAAAUCAUCACAUGCUCAACAAGCCGUUCCCAUAGCGAGUAAGGAUAUUAGCACAUAGUUAAAAGAUUAAUUUCGUGCAGUCAAUUAUGUCUCAGUUUUGGUAUCGGUUGGGUCAAUACCAACCAAACAAUUGAC